GGAAUCGAGUACGGAAGCGGGGCGGCAUUUGGGUUGGCUUGGCUUGGCUUUGUGGAGAUCUUCGCUUGCAUUCCGUCGUCUCGAGCGAGUGCAGUUUGGGUCGAGGCCGGAGAAGCCACCAAAUCGCCCCCCUCAAACCCACAUCUCCGCCGCUUGCUCGUUGUCCUCGUCAAAUCCACACCCCCACCUCCUCCUCCAACACUCCACUCCACUCCCUUCGUUCUGGCUCGGGAUGCUCGCCAAAAUCGCCAAGGAGCACCAGACACAGCAACAGGAACUGCGGACUCACAAUGAGCUCCUGAGGAAUGAAGCCACGAAGGCGGCCGGCAAUCUCUCCGAUGCGCUGACGGAUGUGCUCUAUGCCAACCCGUCCUCUGUCUUCCAUAACCAGCGCGAGAUCGAGAGCGAGACAAAAAAGCUGCAGGCCUCCAUCGCAAAGUAUCAGAAGCAGACCCAGCAAUGGAUCGAUCUUGUGGCUCCCUUCAACAACUCGCUCAAGGAGCUGGGCGAUAUCCAGAACUGGGCAAAGACGAUCGAAACAGACACCUCCGUGAUUCUCGGCACAUAUGCUCAAAUCCAGGCGAAACCGAGGCCCGCUGGCGGUCAGAAAUAGAAGUGGCGAUCACUUCGUUACCCUUUGGCCUUCCGUCCGUGUG